CAGUUGUGUUUUGUCGUGAUUGUUGACGCAACUGUAGGCCCUCGCAGAGGAACAGGGGGUAGCAUCAGCAUUCUCGAGCGCACCCAUUACGGAGUACAGGUCUAAAAAAUGGCAACAACAGCAAUUGUUGGAGGCACGGGCCUUGUGGGCUCGAGCAUCGUCAAUAUCCUUCUCUCCUCCCCCAACGUUGCGCACAUCGACUUCCUCGCCCGCCGCCCCCCCAGCACGCCCGUCACUAAAGACCUUAUCGAAUCCCACCCAUCAAAAUUUGCAUCGUAUAUCUCCACAGAUCCCCCGUCGUCCUGGGCUUCGCACCUCCGUUCAACAACCCCCGCCCCAGAAAUAUUUUUUUCCACUCUCGCAACCACCCGUGCAACUGCCGGGUCUCUCGCCGCCCAACGGGCCCUCGAGCACGAUGCCAAUGUCGAUCUAGCCCGUGCAGCAAAGGAGGCAGGUACAAAAGUAUACGUCCUUGUCUCCUCCGCCGGAGCGGACCCAUCCUCAAAACUACCGUACAUGAAGCUCAAGGGGGACAUUGAGAAGAGCAUCCUAGAUUUAAAUUUUGAGAAAACAAUCAUCCUUCGACCUGGUUUCCUUUCCGGACAGAGAGAGGAACGUAGGAUCAUUGAGGGGAUGGUCGGUGUGAUUGGGAAUGCGGCCGGGUGGCUUAGCAAGCCUUGGUUAAAGGAUUGGUGGUCUAACGAUGCUGUAGAGGUUGCGCGCGCAUCUGUGAGCGCAGGGUUGGCGGCUCUGAAGGGCACGGAGCCCGAUGGGCAGCAAAAGGUGAGAAUUUUGGCCGGCAAGGAUAUAGUUCGCCUGGGACGGACAGAAUGGAAAGAAGCCUCCUAA